UGUAGAUUUAAAGGAAUACUAAAAGUACAAAUCUUUGUCUCACCAAGGAUUUUCAGCACUUUAGGACAGGCAGCCACAAAGACCACAUUGGGACACUUAUUAAUGGACUUUUGUCACAUUUCUUUUAGCAAAGAACAACAGUAGUGCACACAAUCUGGAGUUGAUAAUGAUACUAUAAAGCAUCUUUAUCACUUCUUCGCAAUGCCAAGUUCUACAUACCUAUGCCUGUUGAGGGCAGUUUUUCUGGUGUGUUGUGUUAACCCUUUCAUCCAAGGAAUAAGUGCAGAUGCAAACCAGUUCGAGGACCCUCAUCAUCGAAUGAAACCAAAUCUCACCGGAGUUCCGAUAGUCACAUUCGAAUGGCAUCAUGUGCAGACCCCAUACCUGGUUAUGGUGUGGGUAUUUGUGGCUUGCCUGGCAAAACUAUCAGUGAUUGAAAUAAACCACCAUGUCACCAGGGUGAUCCCAGAGAGUGGGAUGCUCAUCAUCCUAGGAUUUAUCUUGGGAGGCAUUGUCUGGGGCGCAGACAAUGUGCAGACUUUCAAAUUGCUUCCUCCCACUUUCUUCUACUACUUGUUGCCUCAGAUCAUUUUGGAUGCAGGUUACUUCAUGCCAAACAAGCUAUUUUUCAGCAACCUGGGAGCCAUUCUUGUUUAUGCCAUCAUCGGAACUUGCUGGAAUGCAGCUGCCGUUGGCCUCUCACUUUGGGGCUGCUAUGAGGCCGGAGCAAUGGGUAACCUGGACAUUGGCCUUCUGCAAUUCCUGUUGUUUGGCAGUCUAAUCGCUGCAGUGGACCCAGUGGCGGUGAUUGCCGUUUUUGAGGAAGUGCAUGUAAAUGAGGUGCUGUUUAUCCUGGUUUUUGGAGAGUCACUGCUCAAUGACGGAGUCACAGUGGUGCUUUACAAUGUGUUUGAUGCCUUCGUUUCUCUAGGAGGUCCAAUGAUUGAUGCUGCAGAGAUUUUCAAGGGCAUUUCUUCAUUUUUUGUGGUGGCAUUUGGAGGCUCAUUUCUUGGCGUUGUGUUUGCCAUACUGCUGUCCCUGCUGACCAGAUACACCAAGAACAUUCAAAUCAUUGAAGCUGGCUUUGUCUUUGUGUUGGGCUACCUGGCUUACCUGACAGCAGACAUGCUCUCCCUCUCUGCAAUACUAUCAAUCACCUUCUGUGGUAUAUGCUGCCAGAAAUAUGUGAACAUCAACAUGGAUGAGAAAUCAGUUACAACAGUUCGUCAUGCCAUGAAAGUGCUCGCAAACGGCUCAGAAACCAUGAUCUUCGUAUUCCUGGGCAUAACAGCAAUCGAUAAAGACAUAUGGGUUUGGAACACUGGCUUCAUCCUCCUCACCCUCCUCUUUGUCUUUAUUUACAGGAUCAUAGGUGUUUUCUUCCUUACCUGGAUCUUAAACAAGUUUAGACUGGUUCCCAUUGAUGUCAUUGACCAGGUUGUGAUGAGCUACGGUGGCCUGCGAGGAGCAGUUGCAUAUGGAUUGGCAGCCAUGCUAGAUGAGAACAAGAUAAAAGAGAAGAAUCUCAUGAUUAGUACCACACUCAUUGUGGUGUAUUUCACUGUCAUUCUUCAGGGAAUCACGAUGAAGCCAUUGGUUCAGUGGCUUAAGGUCAAAAGGGCAGCUCAUUUUGACUUGAAACUUGUUGAAAAAGUGAACAAUAGGGCAUUUGACCACAUACUUGCAGCAGUGGAGGACAUUUGUGGACGCAUAGGAGACAACUGGUGGACCAGAAACUGGAACAGAUUUGAAGAAAAGUAUAUUAGCUGGUUAUUGAUGAAACCUAAGGCCAGAAAAAACAAAGACUAUCUCUUUAGUAUCUUUCACAAACUCAAUCUCGAUGAUGCCAUGAAUUAUGUCUCUGAGGGUGAACGCCAAGGUUCUCUGGCAUUCGUUCGUAGUGAUGAAUCGGCCAACGUAGAUUUCAAAAAGCAGUCUGGCUCGAAAUAUCAGCAUUUGAUGCCUGAUAUAAUGGUCGAUAUGUCCAAUUACGAGUUUGGGACUGAAAAUAUUUCAGUAACCUCCAUUGUAAAAGACAGUGUCCCAUCAGUAUCCCUGGACAUCCAUGGGCAAGACCUUAAAAAAUUGGUUGAUGACUUCAAUGCCCAUCAUCUUCUACAGCAGCACUUAUACAGGAGCAGAAAGCAUCACCGUCACAAAUACAGUCGCUGUCAAUUUGGCAUCAACCAAAGUGAGGAUGAAGUGCAGGAGAUCUUCCAGAGGACCAUGAGGGGCCGCCUUGAGUCAUUCAAAUCUGCUAAAAUGGGUGUCAACCGUGCCAAAAAAAUCAAGCACAGCAAGGAGCAAACACAUAAGAUGUCUAAUGGACUCCCAGAUGGUAGAGACUAUCCAAAUGGAGAUGAAGUUGACUGUGCUGUUGGUAGUGAGAGUAGUGUCACGAAUGGUCAUUUCACAAGUGACACAUAUAUAGUGGGAGCAGGCAUAGAGAAUCCAGCAUACAUGCCAGAUAUGGGCACUCCCACACAAAGCCCACCCUGGCUAAUGGAGCCCGAGACAGACAUGGCUGUUGCACCUUCCCAAAGGGCACAGGGACGCUUGCCAAUGACGCCCAACAGGCUACGGCGUCUUGCACCGAUGAGGAUCAGCAACAGUUCUAUAGACUCUUUCCUUAUGGCUGAUGCGUCUUUAACUCUGAAUGUGCAUGAGGAACAGCCUCAAAGAGACAAUGCAGAAAUGUGACGAGUCCAUGAAUUGAUACUUCAGGAUGAUAAUGCUGCAUGACAGAAAGCACAUAUCAAGCUGGUUCCAAAGACAUAACAAUGCCUGUAGAGUCCCCAGAUUUUAGUCCAUUACAAAAUAUAAAAAAUGAGAUGGAACUGGAGAUUUGCUGUGUGAAUCCCACAGAAUCUGCAAGACACCAGUGAACUGACAAGACCAAAAUCCCAAUAGAAUGUUUCCGGCAACUUUUUGAAUCCAUUUAAACCAUUCUAAAAGUAACGAAAGGUACUUAACAGUACUAACUGAGUGUAUUUAAAAAAAGAAAAUCAGGUACUAUGCAAGUGAUGCACCUUCCUUUUCAAAGUGUGCUGUGAAUUGUUUAAAAUAUUUUUGAGCAUGGAAUGAUCAGUCAAAAAUGUGCAGUAUAUUUUAAAUCUGUUGUAUCCUGGUAUUCAAAUCAUGUUUUUGAUCUCUGUCCAUAUGGAGGUGGUUUCUCUAAAUAUUAUGGCAUCAUGUAUUUUCCAUCAUGGGAUUAAUAAAUGAUAAAUCAA